AUGGGACAGCGUAUUGUUGUAAGUGAUUCACAGGAAUCAGUACAUUUUAUGCGCUACAAAAAACAGGAUGGCCAGUUGUCGAUAUUUUGCGAUGAGACAUCUCCACGAUACGUAACAUGUGUGUGUUUGCUGGAUUAUGACACAGUUGCGGUUGGAGAUCGUUUUGGAAAUAUUGCUGUGCUGCGAUUGCCUAAAGGUGUAACGGAAGAGGUACAGGAAGAUCCGACUGGAGUACGUGCUCUAUGGGAUCGAGGAAAUCUGAAUGGAGCUUCGCAAAAAUUGGAAGCCAUAGCUCACCUUUAUAUUGGUGACGCGAUAACAUCAAUGCAGAAGACAUCUCUAGUACCGGGUGCAAACGAUUGCCUAUCUUAUACAACGAUUUCAGGAAUUAUUGGAAUUUUAGUACCAUUCAUGUCCAGAGAUGAAUUUGAAUUUUUUCAAAACCUUGAAAUGCAUAUGAGAGUGGAAUAUCCACCGCUUUGUGGUCGUGAUCAUCUUGCGUAUCGUUCGUAUUACUUCCCUGUCAAGUCAAUUAUCGAUGGUGAUCUCUGCGAACAAUACUCGCUAAUGCCGUUAGAUAAGCAGAAAUCAGUUGGUGAAGAACUUGGAAGGAAGCCGGCUGAGAUUCAUAAGAAGCUGGAAGACAUCCGAACUCGUUAUGCAUUUUGA